AUGGCGGUCUCGCCGUUUGCCUCGCGCUCCCCUUCGUUGACGGUAUCAUCGCCCAAUGCCGCUCUUAGGCUGAGAGCUGCCGCUGCUCAGAAUGCGUCUGGGCCGGUAGCUACGGCGAAAUCCGUCUACAGCGCAGAUCGGGAACUCACCGAGCAGCUAAACGAUGACGUGAGACAGAAAUAUGUCAAAGACAAAAGAUUAGGUGAAGGUACAUACGCCAUAGUCUACCUCGGAUACCUCCGCGACAACCCCUCAUCCUACGUCGCAAUCAAGAAGAUCAAGGUCAAUGCCGAAUACAAGGAUGGACUCACCAUGGACGCGAUUCGCGAAGUCAAAUACCUUCAGGAGCUGUCACAUCCGAAUGUCAUUGCGCUUCACGACGUUUUUUCUUCCAAGGACCAGAACCUCAAUUUGGUCUUGGAGUUUCUCCCGCGAGGGGAUCUGGAGAUGCUCAUCAAAGACACCGCCAUCCACUACGGUGCGGCCGACGUCAAAGCCUGGAUGGGCAUGCUGGCUCGGGGUGUGUGGUUCUGUCAUGAGAACUUCGUACUCCACCGGGAUAUCAAGCCCAACAACUUGCUCAUCGCCUCUGACGGUGAGGUCAAAUUGGCAGAUUUCGGUCUAGCCCGAUCUUUUGCGGAUCCCUAUCUCAACAUGACCCACCAGGUCAUCACUCGUUGGUAUCGUCCACCCGAAUUGCUCUACGGGGCACGGCAGUACUCGGGCGCCGUGGACGUCUGGUCGAUGGGAAUGGUCUUUGCAGAGCUACUCCUGCGCAUCCCCUUUGUGGCCGGCAAUACUGACGUAGAUCAAAUCACGAAGAUCUGCGAAGCUUUCGGUACCCCGACAGAGGAGAACUGGCCGGGAGUCACGGAACUGCCCAACUACAUUCCGCCGGACAACAACCACCUGAUCCCAUUGCAGGGCCGAGAGUUCUUUCUCCGCCAGUUCCCUACCGCGGGCCCGGUAGGAGCCGACUUACUGAUGUCGAUGUGUGCACUGGACCCUCGCAAGCGAAGCACUGCCGUGCAGGCCUUGCGACACGCAUGGUGGACAAUUGAGCCCCGGCCGACCAAGAAUGAAGAUCUCCCGCAGAAGUCUGGAGCUAAAAAGAUGGGCGAAGACCUGGGCCGGCGAGGAGGCGAGAUCGACGACGGGAUGUUCAAAAAUGCGGCGCGACAACUGGACUUUGGCGCUAUGAAAUAA